GGGAUUCGGUCUUGGCAUCACGUUUCCCAGGAUGGUAAAUCUGACUGAAGUUAGAGAAUGCAAUGGAAAAAGGAAACGGUGUUCCAUCGAAGGUUUGUCGCACCUCCUUAACAGGUUACAAUCAGCUCCGACUGUUCAGUUUUUCAAGUUGAAAAAAUUGAAAUUCAGAGAAAGCAGACCAGCUUCGAUUGAUCCUCUGAGAAUGUAGUGAAGACAGACUUCUCAGCUUCAAUCAUACAACUUGGAAAUUCAUGGUACAGCAGUGUGCCACCAUAUACGCAUGAGACAACUCUGAUUGUCCGCAACAACUCCACAGCUUUCUUGUUUACCUGGGUGAAUAACCAUGAAGCCAUGUUGAUGUUAGCCUCUUGUUAUAAUCACAAUAUUCCAGCAUGCUUAUAGAUGUCAUAGGUGAUAGAAAAAUGAUGUCGCACCUGUUGCGCAAUAACGCUUGUCCUUAGGGGCCAGCGCUGCGUAGUCGCUCGUCUCACGCAUCUCCUCGGGAUUCCGCUUAGUUAUUGGGAACAACGCAAGGCGCUAGCAAGUAGUACAGGGUCCACCGAAGAGAAUAACCGUACGGACGCGGGCGAGAAGAGACGCAGUUUUACGUUUCCUUGAAAUCACAAGCACAACUGCAGCAUUGCGAUAGAAAAUGGCUUUUUUGCUCCGAUCCGCCGCAUUGAGCUGCCUCUUCGUUGCCCUUGCAGUGAGUGCAGAAGAUACUGGUCAACACUGCGAGCAUUGGGCGAAAACGGGAGAAUGCACAAAUAACUGGGCGUACAUGCAGAAAGCAUGUCCGGAAGCGUGCGCUCGUCAUGCUUCGAAUGAUAAAGUCACGAAACUUGAGGAGGAAAUCGCACAGCUGAAAGCGGAGCUUGCGGCACGUCCAGAACCAACUGGUGCUGAAAUUAAGGCUACUUUUCCUUUUUUUAGUUUGUGAGUAUGUAAGAGUAACCUAUAGUAUAUAUAAUAUGAAUAUGUGAUAGAAGAUGUCAGCACGUGAUUAUUUGUUAGUAAGGAAUGGGUCAUACAUGGCCUCCUUGCUGCUCUGUGAUCACCUAAUAAAGCGUUGGUACAUCGGUGGAAUCAAGCGCGCUAAGGAUUCCGAUUACAUUUUGUUCAAAAAGACCUUUGGUCUUGUUCUAAGUACCCUCCACCGGGGCCCGCCACUCCUGCAGAGCCAGCAGCAGAUGUGGAGGCCCUUCAGCGCGAAGCCGCUGAGGCUCGCGCGGCGGCCGACGCUGCAACGGCUGCACUCGCCCCGUUGCAAGAAGAAAACGCUUCUUUGUCGAAGAAGAGCGCGCAACUGGAACAGCAGUUGCAGGAAGUAACGGAGGGCGCCAAGAGCCAAAAGGACCAGCUCAGUGCGCAGCUUCUAGCCGCACAACAGAGCAGCGGGAUGCAACAGCAGACCGAAGAACAAUUCCAGGAAAGCCAACGCCAAUUACAAGCAGCUCAGAACCAGCUCCAAGAAGCGCACGGGCAAAUGCAAGGCAUGCAAGCACAGGUAAUGUCGAGGACUCUUCAUGUUUUACUGGUGUUGCAGUACGUUGUUCUUGUCGUUGUUACCGGAGGACGUCUCAUUCAGGAAUCUAAAUCUACUAUCGUAAAAUGAAAACACUGUAGUUGCUUACAACUUUGUAAUUCUUGUGAAUUACUCCUGAUGCUCCCUCUAUCUGACACGAAGCCUCUUCUUCAAAAACAACAGUGUGGACACGCUAUUCAAGAGCGAGACCAGCUGCUAGUGAAAGUCGAGCAGCUGAAUGGCCAACGAGAGGAAGCUCGCGCAAGCUUGGCAACGUGCGAGGCCGAAAAGGAGAGUGCUGCUCAAGAACACGCGAAGGGAGCAACGUCGAGCACAAAUGAGGAGCUGCAGACCAAGAUCGACAGUCUCCAAGAAGACAAGGUCAGUUUGAAGCAGCAGCUAGCGGAUAAGGAGGACGAGCUGCGGAACGUCACCGAUAUCUCUGAUUAUGUGAUGAUUGAUAUCUUUUUCAAUUACACACUAAGUAAACACGACUUGUGAUAAUCGAACAAGAGAUAUGUUGUAGCGUAGCAUGUAAGUAGCAUAAUUUGAGCGAGUUGAUUAGUAAAGGAUGAUAACAGAUUUUUGAAAUGAUGGCUCCUACUCGUCGUAGAUGACUUUUCUAAUCCAGACAUCGCAACGGAGAGCUAGAGGCACUCGCAGGACGUGUAGGCGCAGUGCAGACGGAUCUUGAGGCAGCUCGCGCCGAGGUCGGCACCAAGCAAGCGGAAUUAUCGAACGCGACGGCGGAGGUGCAGCGCUUGACUGCUGCACUCAGCAAUUGCGAGCUGAGUUCGAAACCUGCAGGCAACCUAACCGCUGGCGCAUCGUGCCCCAAGUGCCCGGAGGAUACGUGCCCUACACCCUCAGAGUCCCAGUGCACGGCGCUGUUCCCAGUACCACAGAGUGCCGAGUCGCCGAAAUGUCCGGAUUGUCCACAAUGUCCGGAAAUCCCUCCAGUCGCGCCACCCCCACCGCCGGCGCAGUGUGACUGCGGCGAGGUAGCGCCGGCUCCUGCACCCCCACGACUCGACGGAGUUGCUCCGACCCCGGCGGCAGUGCCGGCUCCGCAGUCCUGCCCGCCGCCGCCGCCACCAUGCGAAAAGUGCGAGGAAAAGAAGUGUGACGGGGAAGUCUUCGCACUGCGCAAGCAAUUAGAAGCGGAACACGCAAAAAACAUCGAGUUAUGGUGGAUAAUUGCGUAAUGAUACUUGGGGUACCAAUUAUCUCGAUACAGUGUUUAGAGUUGUGGUCCACCUCCAUUUCAUUUUUACGUCUUUGCUGUACAAUUUGCAGGUAGUUGAUGCACAACUAGAUAUAGUAUGCCAGGGCUACGACUCUGUAGGUGUGGUACUGGAAAUUCAUCAUGCUGUUUCACUUUGAAGUAAGUAGAAGCACACUGCGUACGAGAAGAACUACUGCACUAUUUUUGUUGCACAGCAUGGAAGUUAUUCCUCCUUCCCUUCUCCGUCCACGUCUUCGUAGUAUCCGAUCUAAUCAAAGAGGUGAAGAACACUCAAGACGCAGUGAGCCAGAAGAGGGUGGAUGAUAACGCGGAACUCGCUCAAGAACUGCAAAACACCAAAGCGAAAAUGCAAGCUUGCGAUGGGAAACUCCAGUAUGUGGAGAAAGCGCUGCAGGAAACAAAAGAAUGCAAAGGCCGUGAUGAGUAUUUUUUCAUACGAAUAAGUGUAUAUCAAAUUUAUUUCUGGAGGUUUUGGAAGAAUUUAAAUAUAACUGCUGCAACGAACUUGUUGGCAAAUUUUGAGCGCACAACAACGAGAUGUGCUCAGCAUCAAUGACAUUGAGUUGUGACUUCUCUUGGUAAAGUUUUCCAUGUUUUCGUGUCAUAAGUGUUUAUGUGUUUGCGAAACUAACAACAAGUUUCUCUUACAGGUAUGAGAAACAGCUAGCGGAAUUAUUGCACGAUAAGAACUUGUGGGCCGAUUCGAAUAGGACGUUAGCAGCUGAUUUGGCCAACUGUCAAAAGGCCCUGGAAAGCGCUGCACCUGCGGUUGACACUUGCACCGCCGAUCUCAAGAAGAAAACCGAGGCGCACUCCUCUGUUAGUGCCGCACUGAUCACUAUGGAGGAAGAGAAGAAUAGGUAUUUGUUCCUUAUUUCAUUUGCUCGUACAUAACUGGUUGUCCGUACGAAAAAGAUACCCAUCAUCAAAUUUCGUCGCGAGGCAUUUCUGUAAGGUGUCAGUCGUUUUUUUGUAAGAUUCUGAGAUACUGAUACCCAUAGACAAAAGCAGUCUUGAAUAUGGCCAGAACAAGAAAUACGAAGCCUGCCGCACUGGAAAACUCUAGAAAAAGAUUCAGACUCUGAAAAUACUACUCAUACUUUUUUGACUCUAGAAAAUAAAUACCCUGACAAGGUGCAACCGCACACAAGCACAAGAUGCGUCCAGGGCUUUGCAGUUGGAGACCCAGCUCGCGCAGCAGCAGAAGGCGAGUGAGGCGAAGCUUUCCGCAGCGGCCGAUGAGCUUUCGACGACCAAGAGGGAUCUACUUGAGGCGCAGGAGCUCGCUGCAGAACCUUGCCCACCAGCUGUUUAUGUCUACUCAAUUUAGCUGGACUAUCAAAGUAGGUGGCUUCGAGGACAGCAGUUGAUCAUUGACGUACAUCUACCUAGGUAUAAAGGCACCUAAAAAUAGAAGAUCUGAAAAUUAUUGUGCUUUCAUUUGAUAUGAUGCCGUUUCCGUUUGCUACAACUGUUUCCAUCAAGGAUAAUCAGAUGCAACUGGUUCCAAUUGGGUAGUAUGUAGCUAGCUCAAAGAUCUUUUCCUACUCGGCCAGGAUAACAAGAGCUCUACUUUCUAAUCUCCUGCUUCCCUUAGUGCAGUAGCGUGCGGACGGGACAUUUCAGUGUGGGCCUCAGCGACGUUCUUUCUCACAGCAGCAUCCAAACUUGUUGCUCUCACUGCAGAUCUAUUGCGACUACCCGUGGAUGUGGACACGGAAGUCAUCGCGCCAUUGUUAGACGGGCUUGACGGUUACUUCGUUCGCGAGUCACGCUUUGCUCCUUUCUUGACGCGCGUCAACACAGAACACAUUUAUGGAUAGGUUUUUUUGAUAGGACAACUAGCAGGAGAUCUACUAUUUUCAUCUAAAAAUCUGCAUGUAGCUGAUUCUCACGUUCUCGCGUCAAAACAGAACACAACAUUCAUGUCUACUUAGAAUUUGAUAGAGGAUUAUGCUUCGUUUAUAAGGGUUUGAGCAGUGCUGUGCCUAGGGCUUCAUACAUGACAUGCGAUGACUGUGUAAGAGCAUCUUUCUAAUCCUUUUCGCCCUUCCUUGAGCGACAUGUCUAUGCCCGACUGGGGGACUCUAGCAAGUACGGCGCACUCCCGGAAAGUUUAGCAGACAGAAUGGUAUUGGCGGCGCUGCUGCUCUUCGCAUCGUGGAAGGUGCUCACGUGCGUUAUUUGCUUUGCUUAUGGAUGGUUAGAAAGUGUGUGUGGUUUAAAAAGGAAAAAGAGUGGAAGACAAAUCACUUGACAAACUUCUCACUCUACUACUUCAUAGUUCGGACUAAAGUGCAGCUCCUAUCCAGUAUCCACUGUGUCAGCACUGAGGACUUUCUUCUGACCUCAGACAAUCCUUCUUCAAGCUGAUACGUAAUGUAGGCGUACCGUUCUUGUAUGUUAGUAAUUCCUCCUCCUGAGUUGAGCUACGAUAUCGGGGGGCUCGAUGUGAAGGAUCCCCAACCUAACCUAGCCUCUUGACCCCAGAGGAAUGACACGCUCACCUUCUAAGUUGAUACUUGCGGUAUGUGCUGCGGCUGCCGUCGUCGCAAUGCGGCGACCAAGGUGGUCACGGUCGUGCAGCAGCCGGGUGCAGGGAGCUUCGCGCAGCCGCCACCACCACCACUGCCAACGACUCCCGCAGCCCAGAGCAAACCGGGCACCUUCGUCAAGGCUAUUGCCAAAGCGCACGCCUUUGAGUCUGACGUUUUACAGUUCUAGAAGUUUGUGCCGUCCGUUGGUAGACACGUACAAAUGAAUUCACGGCCACCUCUUUGGUACAAGAGUACAACCAGCAGAACGACCAAGAAUGCUUGUAUACCUAAAAAGUUUUCCACACAGGACUGUACGAAAAUGCGCAGACCUUCGAGAGGCUCUAGACACGCGAAUAAAAGAAACAUAAAGCCAGGACUUCCACAAGACGUCAUUUGACGGAUUUUCUUUUAUCGACCCCCAAACCCAACGAGAUGAUAUUUUUACAUGUAGUGGAGUAGAUCAUCUUCUUGGCCGUGUGACAUUCGUAUCAUACCCUCCCCGCAUCCCAGUACCAUGAAAGAAUAAUAGCUGAUGUAUUUGAAAUGCCUCCACUUCCCCGAAAAGAAAGAAUCUAUUGCAACGCGAAAUAUACAGUGUUAUCCAAACUGAGG